AUGUUCGACUCUCUGGGCUGUAGCAUCAAAACAGGUUUAUAUUUCUCAUGUGAUCUCAUAGCUGCUUGUAUUCAAUUAAUAAUAAAUUCUACAAAUAUUGUAUCCAAUGAAAUAAUUCCAUUUAAUGUUCGUCUUUGUUUGGUCGAUCGUUCAUUAUCCGAUAAUAAUUCUCAAAAACAAUCAUCAUCCGAUUCAUCAAUACGUCAUAAAUCUCUUGAUAUGCAAUAUUAUCGUAUGAAAUUAUCAAUAUCAAUUGAUGAAUAUACAUCAUCAAUUAUAAUUGAUGAUAUAUUAUUAACAUUAAAUGAAUUAAAAUCUCAUAUAGAUGAUUAUAUUUCAAUAGAUCAUAUUGAAUUAAUACUUGAUUCAUUAACAAAUUAUCUUUUAAAUGGUAAUAAACAAUUAAUUGAACAAACAUAUGAAUUUAUAUUAAAAUAUAUUGAAAAAUAUCCUCAACAUUCAUUAAUAUUCUAUUCAACAUAUAUUAAAUGUAUAUUAUCAAGAAAUUUAAUUGUAUUUCAAAUGGCUAUUGAACAUUUUUCACAUUUUAUUAUUUAUUUUCAAUCAAAAUCUAAUGAACUCUUUUAUAUUCUACUUAAACAAGGUCUUAUUAAUAAAAUUGAUGUUACAACAUCUAUAACACAAGCUAUACGUUUACUUAAUCUUCAUCGUUAUGAUCCAAUAACAUAUACUAAUUUAACAUCGACAAUAUCAUCAAAAAUAGCAACAUUGACGACGACAGCGACAACAACAACUAUGACGACAAAUGAUUGA